UUCACACAUGACAGAACAACGGAACGUAAUACUCGCAGUGAAGUACCGAAUGGGUAAUCGCUCGCUUUGUUUAUUACUUGGCUAUAACCUGUUGGUGACCAUCCACGGUUGAUUCUGGCAGAUUUUAAAUUUUUUGUGAUAUUCGUGUUUUGAUUUUGUUAACCCGGCACAAGCUAAGAACUCGUUCAGGAGCAUACGCUGGAAAACAAACCGCCAUUCCUUCCUGACCAUCCACAUUAAGAAAUAGCCAUAUUUGUUAUUACCUCCUGAAAGGAAUCUUCACAACCAAGCCUACUAGGAGAUACAUCUUUUACAUACAAAGUGUUUAAUACCUGUUCGUGAUAUGUUUUCACAAAAUCAACUACAGGUGAAGAAUUCGCCUUCAAAAAUGCUUCAAAACUUUGUCCAUCAUAUAGAAAAGAAAGAUACUGAAGGUACUGCAAAUUAUGUGUCAGGGAUGGUUAAUUUUUUUGCAAAGCCGAGGCAAAUUAAAUCUAUAGAAGAAUUAACAAAGACUGUUGUUGUAAAAGUACAAAAAGUUACUCCUAAAGCAAUUCUUGAACGAUUAGGUAGACAAAAAGACUCAUUGAAAACAAAAUAUAGAAGAGUCGAGUCAGUUCAAAACAGCAAUGAAAUUUUGGCACAAGAAAUGAAGAUAGUUGCAAAGAGAAAAAAAGCUAAGGUUGAAACUAUUCCAAAGAAAGAAACUAAUUUCGAUGGACAAUUUGAGAAAGAUAUAUGUGGAAAACGAAAUAAAACUAAAAGUGGGCGUGCAAGUGAAGAAAAAGCAGGGAGGUAUUACAGUGAAAAUUAUUUUCCCACUGCACUUACUAAAGUACAUUCCUUUUGUGAAAAUACUGGAGAUAAGAUUCAGCAGCAUAGUUAUUUAUGUCAAUCAAGUAACACGCAUAAAAAUCGGACAAGAAACUUUACAGAGGACAGUACAAAUUGUUCAACUUAUUGUGUAAAUUGUAAUAAUAUGAGCGUGGUUCAGAGAAUUGACUAUAACACUAAUGCCUUCACAGCUGCGAUUCUACAAGAUUUGCUGGAACCUGAAAGCGAUUGCUUAGACUGGUAGGUCUUAUCUGUACAAUAUAAGACAUUUUUAAAACAUCUAAGUGAUUACAAAGUCAUCAUCAAUCUCUAAUAUGCAUUGUUAAAAUGUAUAUAUUAUCUUUAAUAUUUGUG